AUGGCUGAAAAUAAAGAACAAAUUGAUAGCGCCACUGGCGAUUCGGGAAUUCAAAAUCCAGAGCAUGAUAUUCAAAGCGAUUUCACGACCACGUUGCCUCAUCCCGGUGCGGGAGAUAUUUUCAAUGAAUCUAGAGCUAAUUUUGGGGAAGAAUUUGAAAAUCAAAGCGAUGAAAAAGAUGUCAGAUUAGAGGAAUUCGGUACACCAAAAUCUGAUCGGGUUAAAAUCAACACAGUAACAGUAAACAAUGAGUUGCUAAUUAAUUUGAUUGAAUCAAUACAAGAAAUGAAAUCGCAAAUUCAAAGCAUGGCGAACGAAGUCGCGAAAAAUAAUCAGGCGACAAUCGAUCUGAGAGCUGAAUUUUCAGAAAAAUUGACCGUCAUGCAGGCGAAAAUUGCCAGUGACGUUCAUAAAAUAUAUGAACCUAUUAAGCGUCACAUAACGGGUCUUACGAGGAUAGUCCAAGAUAAUGAGAAUAAAAGUGCCGUAAUGGAGGUUAAUAUUGCCCAAAUUCAACUCGAUGUCAACGCAAUAAAAAAAAAGGUCGAAAAUUUGGAGAAUACGGACAAAUUACGCAGUCCAAAUACCGAGAGCACCCGGAUUCAUCCACGAUUGACGGACAUCCCGGAAGAAAACGAAGAUGAAGAAUCAGAUGACGAUGAGGAGCAACAACAACAGAGGCAAACGUUCCGGAACGAGAUGACAUCGACCAACAAAAUUAAAAUCAAGCCUCCAACAUUCGAUGGAUCGAGCAAUAAACGACCGAUUAAAUUCAUAAAAGAAUUUCGACAUUAUUGCGAGGUGACGAACCCAACGUUCACCGAAAUGAAGUACUUACUCAGCCAAUCACUUGAGAAAGCCGCCAAGGAAUGGUGGGAACUGGUCGAGGACCAGGUUAAUAGUUUUGAAGACGUCGAAAAACGAUUUACAAAUCGAUUUUGGAGUCACGACGUGCAACGAAGAGUGCGUAAAGACCUGGAAUUCGGGAAAUAUCCUGAAAAGCCAGGCAAAUUAACAAAAGUGGAAUAUGCAACUCGGACGUUCGGAGCGGCCCGUGAUUUGAUUCCGCCACCGAGCGAUCCGGACAUUGUUGCAUCCCUCUCGCAGCACUUUACCGAGGAGAUAAGAGCGACAAUCAUAAGUCGUGGGUUCGAAACCCUCGAGCAGCUGAUCGAGCUCCUGGAGAAACUCGAUCAAAGUGGGCCUGUAAAUACAGGAAAUGAGGAAGGAAAACCUCAAAAUCAAAAACCAAACAGCAAUGACAAAAAUGAGCAACGGCCAUUUAAAAUGCCUCCGCCAAACAACUGGAACAACAAUGGUUACCAGAACAAUAACAAUCGCGGAAAUCAAAACUGGCAAAAUAAUCGCCAGAAUUGGAAUCAGAACAAUGGAGGAUUCCAAAAUAACCGAGGUUACCAAAACACUAACGGUUAUAAUCAACAAAAUCGCAAUUUCAAUUAUCAACAGAAUUACGGAAAUCAACGGCCGAAUAAUGGAAAUUUCAAUCGGAAUCAACAAAAUGGAGGGCAAAACGGAAAUAAUCGCCCAAAUUACAGCCGUGAGCAAAACCAAAACCAAAAUCGAGGAUCACCUCAAAACAAUGGGGGAUAUCGCCCGACUCCGAAUAACAACGACGCGCAGCAACCACCAAUACAAACGAUUGAGGCGCAAAUAGAACCUCAACCAUCAACAUCGAAAGCGGGAAACGCGUAG